AUGCAGGAAGAGGCACUCAGACGCCUUCAAUGGGAGGAGAACGUAGCGUUCAUUCAGCAGCACAAUCUCCGUUUUGACGCCCACCUCGAGACUUAUACCGUCGGCAUGAAUGGCUUUAUUGAUCUCAGCUGGAAAGAGUUCCAGGAGAAGUAUCUACCCAAAAAGACCAAGUUCUCCAGGCUGGACGUUCGACAGCACUACAAGAAGCUGCUAAACGUACCUGGGAAAAGCCAAGAUCCCUUGGCGAGCUCUACCUUCCUGGAGCCUGCAAACAUGCCCGAAGGCUAUUUGUUAGACGAUGUUGACUGGAGAAAGAAGGACAUGGUGACAAGGGUCAAAGAUCAGGUGGGCCCAAAAACAGUGACAAAAAAUACUUAA